AAUUGUUACAAGUAGAGCUUUCCUGUCUUGUGGUGUUCUUGUUAAUGUUUAAUGACUGAAAAGUCUGAAAUAAAUACAUUUCUUCUGCUUUUGCUACCGUUGAGAAUCUAUGCUCUUUGUGCCAAGUCAAACUAUUGCAUCUUAUCGAAGAGAGGUAAUUGCAGAGCAGAGUAGGUCAGAGAAGUUACAUGGUCAUCUGCAGGAGACUUCGACUUAAACAAAGAAGAAAAAGAAGCAAGCUAAUUCAUUAUUUACUUAUAUAUACAGUUAUACACAUAAUUUAAAACAGUGCCCUCUCAUCAUCAUUGAGCAAGUCAAAGAAGUUAAAACUACAUGCAACUAGCAUUUCUUGAUUUAUAAUAUGUUUUAUAAAAACUUUUUCAAACUACUAUUCCAAAGCUGAGAAAAAAGAGAUAUGUGCACGUAUGUAAAAUAACCUAGUUUAAAGAUAGAAUUUCCAAACUGAAAACAUUUGACCCUGACUAAUUAAAACCUCAUUUAACCACAGCUUCUCAUAAUGUCAAUAUAUGAAAGUCAGCUUAGUUACGUUUUUGAGUAGAUUUCAUUACUGCAUUUGCCACAAACAUGGUAGAUAUACUCAUUGAAGGUGAUUAGGUGAAAACAAAUCAGAUUACAGCUUAAACCUUCUGUCUCAUGUAUAUUCCAUCAGCUAGACAGUAACAAGCAAAGAUGCAGAACAAUAAAAGCACAGAGCAUUGUAACCAAAACUUGACUUGAUGAUAAGACUACCAAAGUAAUUAACCCACAAAACUGUAAGAAAUAAUGAUGACAUAGGCACUCAUCUAUUACCAAUUCAAUAGGAAAGAAUCUUUAUUGGCUUUUCUUUGAUAGUGUCUUCCAUGUAAAGGUCAACUCAGGGUAAUCAGUAGUUGGAAAACAUAAUUCUCAUGGAAAAGAAAAAAAUAGUGCAGAAGAAUCUGAGAUUCACAACAAGCUAAGGCGGGAGAGACGAUCAUUGUUAUUCCAGAUGGCUGGGGUUCUAGAAUCUUUUUUCUGGAUAAUAAUUUGUAUCCAUGUGGUGUCUUUGGUGCUAGCUCAGGAUAGGGAUCAGUUUCUGCACUACAACUUCAGUCAAGCAGACCUGCAUCUUGACGGCAUGGCAAAUAUCGAUGAUGGCCGAUUGCAUCUUACAAAUAAUACAACUAAGAGCACUGGUCAUGCGUUCAACAAAACCCCUAUGCAGUUCACAGCGUCAUCUUCCUUUUCAACAGAAUUUGUCUUUGCAAUGUUGCCAUUGCAAGGCGACGGUCAAGGAAUGGCUUUCGUAGUAUCUCCUACCAAAGACCUCAGGUAUGCCGGCGCUGCAACUUCAGAUUUAGGGAUUUUCAAUAAAACAAAUGAUAACAAAACUGAAAACCAUAUUCUUGCUAUAGAGCUUGACACUAAUGAUAGCUCUGAGUCAUUUGACAAAAGCGGUAACCAUGUGGGGAUUGAUAUAAACAGUAUAGUCUCAGUUGAAUAUGCGAACGCUAGUUACUUUAAUGAUACUCAGGGAAAGAAUAUAACUCUGUCGCUUGCUAGUGGUAAAAGUAUUCUGAUCUGGAUAGAUUAUGAUGGAAUAAAGAAACUACUCAAUGUAACGUUAGCUCCAGUACCAACUCCAAAGCCAGUUUCGCCUCUCUUUUCAAGAUCCAUCAAACCAAGGGUGCCACUCUUGUCAAGAUCCAUCAAUCUUUCAGAAAUUUUCAAUGAGACAAUGUAUGUAGGUUUCUCAGGAUCUACAGGCACAGUCAAAAGUGACCAAUAUAUCCUUGGAUGGAGUUUCAAGAAAGGUGGACAAGCAGAAAGCCUUGACAUCUCAAAGAUUUUGGAUCCACCUAAUCGACCUCCACCACCCCUUCCGCCAACCUCGAGGUCUAAAGACUCUAAGAAUAUUAUAAUCAUAAGCGUUACUGUAACAUCAAUUGCUUUUCUGUUGAUCUUGGGAGGAAUUUUGUAUUUUUACAAAAACAAGAAGUAUGCGGAGGUGCUUGAACAAUGGGAAAAUGAAUAUAGUCCCCAAAGGUUCUCCUUUAAGAACCUCUACAAAGCAACAAGGGGUUUCAGGGAGAAUCGGCUACUUGGGGCAGGAGGUUUUGGAAAAGUCUAUAAAGGAGAACUUCCUUCAGGUACACAAAUUGCGGUUAAGAGAGUCUAUCAUGAUGCAGAACAAGGAAUGACACAGUAUGUCGCAGAGAUCGCUAGUAUGGGAAGGCUAAGGCACAAGAACUUGGUGCAGCUUCUUGGUUACUGCAGAAGGAAAGGUGAAUUGCUUUUGGUCUAUGACUACAUGCCAAACGGAAGCCUUGAUGACUACUUGUUCAAUAGAAACAAGCUCAAGGACCUCAGUUGGUCUCAGAGACUGAAUAUAAUCAAGGGAGUAGCCUCUGCCCUUCUGUAUCUUCAUGAAGAAUGGGAACAAGUUGUACUACAUCGAGAUAUAAAAGCUAGCAACAUUCUUUUAGAUGCGGAUCUAAAUGGAAGGUUGGGAGAUUUCGGGCUUGCAAGAUUCCACGAUCGUGGCGAGAAUCUUCAAGCAACGCGUGUGGUAGGAACCAUUGGCUACAUGGCACCAGAGCUUACAGCAAUGGGAGUGGCCACUACUAAAACUGAUGUCUAUGCUUUUGGAUCUUUCAUCCUUGAGGUGGUUUGCGGGAGAAGGCCAGUAGAACCUGAUAGACCACCUGAGCAGAUGCUUUUACUUAAGUGGGUUGCCACUUGUGGGAGAAGAGAUACUUUGAUGGAUAUUGUUGACAGUAAACUAGGAGACUUUAAAGCUGAGGAAGCCAAGCUGCUUCUAAAGCUAGGUAUGCUUUGUUCACAGAGUAACCCGGAAAGUAGACCUAGUAUGAGGGACGUAAUAAAAUAUCUGGAAGGAAAUGCCACUAUUCCAAGCAUAUCAUUUGAUACAGCUGGAUUUGGUAUGCCCAAUAUAAGCAAUGAAACGAUAACACAAAUGACAACCACCUCCUCAUCAGCCAAUUUCUCUUUUGAAGAUGUUACAAUCCUAUUUGGCGGUCGUUGAAGUCUGCAUCACAAGCUGCUAAACUUACAAGAAAGCUAUUUGUUAUUGCUACAAU